AUGCUCGAGUGGAUCCUAGGCGCGACUCUUGUGCUCUUACUUCUGAGCCUUUGGCGCUUCAGACGUGCCGUCUCGAUGGUGUCCAAUUUUCCAGGACUCCGACUGUUCGUCUCCCCCAUGUCCCCGCCUGGCUUGCUCUUGCCCGCAUUACCCUUUCCCCUGUUCACGUACCCGGGCUUCUCCUUUCCUUGGGAACUCAAACACGCGGGGCUAUUUGCCAAGUUUAAAUGCGACACCGUGUCUCUCUGCGCCGGCGAUGGACGUGCAAUGCUCUUCACAGCAGACGUGCCAUUUAUCCAGAGAAUGUCCGCAUUUACCUCGCGCGAGGUGUUCCCCAAGCCAGUGGACGAGUACAAGGUCCUGAGUUAUCUCGGCAGCAACCUCGUGAUUUGCGAAGGUGAAUCAUGGCGUCGGCAGCGCCGAAUUGGUGCACCCGCGUUUUCCAAGGGCAUGUUUGAGCGUCUUUGGCUUGAUAUGCGGGAUAUCGUUCGCGAGAUGGUUGAACAAGAACGUUGGCAAGAGCGGACGGAACCGACCCACCCUCCCUCCACCCUCACCUAUAACGGGUACACGCCUCAGCCCGGUGAAGUGUUGGUCCCACAUGUCGUGGAUCUCACUCUUCGUAUGGCACUUGCGGCUAUCGCACGUGCUGGAUUCGGCAUGGACUUUGAAUGGGAGGCCGAGGAGAGCUUCACAAAGGUCUGCCAAGAAUUUGGUAAUCCCCAAAGACCCCAUUGGUGGUUGACGAUCCUCGGCUGGGUGUAUAAUUUUACGGACCCGCUCGUCGCGCCGGUGUAUCAUCUUUUCGACCAACUCUCCCGCGCUAUCCCAUCAGCUUUGAUUGCUACGGUGGCGUAUGUUUGGACGACAUGGCCUCUCCUUCCCGUUCGAAUCUCCUGGGCUGUGGCGGCCUAUUGGGUCGCUGAAUUCCUAACGAUGUUUGCUCGACCCACCGAGGCGGAUUGGAAUCCUCGCAAGAUUAAAGUUCACGAGGCACUUCACCUUGUCGCAAAGGACUCGACGUUGCGCAUUGCCAUUCCUCCGUGGAUGAUGAAUUUACCUAUUCGGCGCAUGCGUCGUAUGAAACUGGCAUUUGGAACACUCGAGGCGGAGCUCAAGCGCCUUACGGACGAGCGCAAGAUGUACCACCUUCGUCAAUCGCUCGAUCAUGAACAACUCGUCAAGGGCCCGCUUCGCGUCAAGGCGGCGAUGAUGGACGAAGGCGAUCUCGAAAAGGGCCAAGUGGGCAACUUGGUCUCCAGCUCGAUUCAAAAGGGGCUCACCGAUGACGAGAUUAUUGGAAACACGUACAUUUACUUCCUUGCUGGACACGAGACGACAGCGCACAGUCUUGCAUGGACAUUGGCGCUGUUAGCUGCAUACCCAGAGUACCAAGAGGAGGCCAUUCGCGAAAUCUAUAGUGUGUGGCCAUCGACUGCAGAGACGUUUGAACCGUUCUAUGAAAACACGACAAUGGACGACUAUGCCAAGUUCCCGUACAUCCUUGCAUGCUACGCCGAGACGUUGCGUCUCUUCCCUCCGGUUCAGAUGAUACCAAAGGUCGCGGCGCAGGAUACAUGCAUCAGUGUCGAAACGAGCAACGAGGUCAACUCAAACGCCGAAAAGGAGACGGACCCACUGGUUGGUCGGAAUGGACAGACCGAGUUUGUGAUCAAGAAAGACACAAUCGUGAUGAUUGACGCCCCUGGUGUUCACUACAAUCCCCGCUAUUGGGAGAAUCCGGAGAAGUUUGACCCAGGACGUUUCAUGCGUGCGUAUAACAAGGAUGCAUUCAUACCAUUCGGCGUCGGUCAUCGUGCAUGCUUGGGACGAAAGUUUUCCGAGGUCGAAUCCGUCGCGAUGCUCAUCCAUCUUUUGCGCAAUUACUCUGUUCACCUCGUCCCGAACCGUCCAGACGGGACCGUCGACGUCGACGUGGCGAGACAAAAGUUUUCAAAGGCCAGCGUGCGCAUCACCCUCACGCCCGCAGAGGUUCCCCUCAUCUUCCGUCGCCGCUCGCAUCCAUCUCCUUGA